GGCUUGAUGCUUAUUCGGCGAUCCUGAUACAUAGGGACAACCAGACUUUGUUGUACCUUCAGACUCCGUUGCUGGCCGUGUACGUUGUGAUGGAAAUUUGUGCGGUUGUCGUCACUGGAAUUUGAGAAAUCGAGCGGCGGGACCAGCUCAUCUUUGCUCGGGGUGCACUACAAAUAAAGUGGUCACCGAAAAAAAAAAUAUACAUUUGUGAUUCGCAGUGUCGGACGUGUGUUGUAUUGUACAGUGAUUGGUUUUUGAGUUUCUUUUUGUUCCCGACACAGGUUUACUACCAAAUCAGGAUGUCCAAGUCAGGGAGCAUAAAGAGCAUAAAGAGCAGCCCAGGAGAGGACGGCGAGGCGAAAGGCAACUACGACCCGGUGGGCGCCGGCAACGAUGAGAUCAAACUCGAGGCGAAAAUGUCCCUGCUCAACGGAGUGACGGUCAUCGUCGGCUCGAUCAUCGGCUCCGGCAUCUUCGUCAGCCCAUCGGGCGUCCUCAAGUUCACAGGCAGCGCCAACUCGAGCCUCCUCGUCUGGACGAUAUCCGGCAUUUUUUCCAUGGUCGGGGCGUACUGUUACGCGGAGCUCGGCUGCAUGAUACGAAAGUCCGGGGCGGACUACGCGUACAUCAUGGAGACCUUUGGCCCGUUCAUGGCCUUCAUCAGGUUGUGGAUCGAGUGCAUGAUCGUGAGGCCGUGCAGCCAGGCCAUCGUCGCCCUCACUUUCAGCGUUUACGUGCUCAAGCCCGUCUUCCCGGAGUGCGAGCCGCCCCAGGACGCGGCCCGACUCCUGGCCGUUUGCUGCAUAUGCAUCCUGGCGUUCGUGAACUGCUGGGACGUAAAGUGGGCGACUCGGGUGCAGGACGUGUUCACGUACGCCAAGCUCCUAGCCCUGUUCAUCAUCAUCGGGGCCGGUGCCUACCAGCUCGCACAGAACCAGACGCAGCACUUCAACUUCGAGAAUUCCGAAACGAGCGUCUCGCAAAUAGCGCUGAGUUUCUACUCGGGCCUGUUUGCCUACAACGGCUGGAAUUAUCUUAACUUCAUAAUAGAGGAGCUGAAGGACCCCGUGAGAAACCUGCCGAGAGCCAUCGGAAUUUCUUGCGCCCUGGUCACGGUGGUCUACGUCCUGACCAACGUGGCUUUCUUCACGACCCUCAGUCCGCAAGAAAUUUUGGACAGCGAGGCCGUCGCCGUGACCUUCGCCAAUAGGCUGUUCGGGCCCAUGGCUUGGACGAUACCGGUGUUCGUAGCCCUGUCGACUUUCGGCGCGGUCAACGGCAUCCUCCUCACGUCGUCGCGCCUCUUCUACGCCGGGGCCUGCGAGGGACAGAUGCCAGAGAUCUUGACGAUGAUACAGACCUCGAGAAUGACACCCACACCUGCUGUGAUUUGCAUGGCUCUCCUGUCCAUGAUUUAUCUGUAUUCUUCCAACAUUGUGCUUCUCAUAAACUACGUUGGAUUCGCAACAUGGUUGAGCAUCGGUGUGUCGGUGUUGUGCGUACCUUGGCUGAGGUGGGCCCAGCCGAAUCUUCCGAGACCCAUCAAGGUGAACCUCAUCUUCCCAUUCGUCUACAUCCUCGCCACGCUCUUUGUCACCGUCGGCCCCAUGAUAGCCGAUCCCGUCGCAACUGGAUACGGAUGCCUCAUGAUUUUCUCUUCUGUACCUGUCUACGUUGCCUUCAUCGCCUGGAAGAACAAGCCGAAAAUCUUCCAGAAAGCCGUCGUAAAUUUCACCAAGUUUCUCCAAAAAAUUAUCUUGGUGGUGGGCAAGCCGAAGCCUGCAACAGUUUAAGAAAAAGGAUCUGAAAGAUGAAUCAACGUUUUUGCUAUCGAUGUGUUGUUGAGAUUCGAUAGCGUUGCAACAAGUGGAAACUACAAAUCUAUAUUACAAAAUGGAGAACAUAAUAUAUGCGACCGGAUGUCCGACAUCAAUUGUCAGCCACUGAUUGAAGGAGGACAACCUACAGGUCAAAUUUUAAGAAUCAAUAAAUACGACAUAAGCAUAAUUAUCAUAUCACGAAUUCCAUAUUUUUAAGUCACUUUUGACGACUCUGUUCGAAAUGUUCGAAAAAAAGGUUGUCAAUGCAAUAGCUGAAGAAUAGCAUCGAGAUCGUGUAUUUUCAAGCUGUGAUCAACCUUGUUAUUAGUAUCGGAGAGUAAAUAAUUUUUUUAAUUGUUGUCUCUUUGACUUUCCGAUCGUAGAAAUGAUUUUAACAAGAGAAUGGACGAUUUCGAUGAAUAUUUUUUAAAAGUUUUGAUUAUUCAUGAUAAUCUUACUGUAAAGUGUCAGGCAAUAUCGUUCACGUUUCAAAUGAUGAAUAAUCAAAUCACGAGAUUGCCAAUGAAUAUUUUUAUUUCUUAAUUUUUUACGGUAACAAAAUUGUAUUUUUUUUAUUUAUUA